AUGGUCGGAGGGCGACAACGCAAGCCCACAGCACGAGCACUCGACGCAGCCGAGUCGCGCCUGCUCGUCGCCUCUCUCUCGCGCGAGCGCCCACGGGCUGUCGGAGGCCGACCUGCCUCUCCCGCGACUCCCGCGCCGCGCGCGAGUGCGAGCACGAGCACGACAAAGACGACUUAUUCGGCUGCUGCUGCGCCGGUCAAGAAGAAUGGGCGGGCGCAGAACGCGCGUGGGAAGCAGGCCAUCGAGCGCGAGACGGGGAUCGCGCAGGAGCAGGUUGACGAGGAGGUCGCGGACGGCACGCUGGAGGGGUCGGCGGGGCUUGGACCCUACGGAGGACAGCAGGACUUGACAUUGUACUGCGUCUGCCUCGGAUACGACACGGGUGAACAGCCCAUGAUUCAGUGCGAGCACUGCAGCAACUGGUUCCACUUCGGAUGCGUCGGCUUGACGGACCAGGUGGCGAGUCAGAUCGAGGCGUACUCGUGCGACAUGUGCGAGCAGAUGGGCAUGGGUUCCUCGCGCAUGCUUACUGGCUCAUCAACACGCAUCGCACCUGUCACGACCUUCUACUCAAAGCGCGGUGACGACGGCGGGCAAUACGACGACGAGGACGAGCCGUUUGAGGACGAGGAGGAGGACGAGGGAGAGCCUGAGCCCGAGGACGACGAGGACUUUGAGGAGGACGGCUCGAAGAAGAGGAGCAGGAAGUCGACGGGUGGGAAGGGGAUAAGGCGGAAGAAGGAGAGUGCGGAGGAGUCGAGCGACGACUAUGACAGCGACGAGGACGACGAGGCGCCCAAGAAGCGCAGGCGCCCGUCUGCGCCGACCAAGCGCGGCACCGGCUCGCAGCUGGACGUCAAACCUUCCCUGCCUCCGCCAACCUCCGUUCCGCCUUCGGACAAGACUCGCUCGCACGUUGUCAAGCAACUGACGAGCAUAUUCUCGUCCAUCUACGCCGCCGAUGCAACCGCCGCCGACUCGGCCAACUCGACCGGCAUCGAGAUCCGUUCCGCCGCUUUCGCCGAAGAAGUCGAGGGCGAGCUCUUCGAAGGCUACGCCGAGCCGGACGACAAGAACGUCCGCGGCCCGCGUGCCAAGUACAGCGCCAAAUUCCGCUCGCUCCACUACAACCUCAAGUCGAACGCGUACCUCCGUUCGCGCGUCGCUGCCAACGAGCUUACCGCCAACAAGCUCGUCAACCUCACCGCCGAAGACUUGCAGACACCCGAACUGCGCGCCAUGGCAGAGAGCGUCCGCGCGGCGAGUCUGCGCAACUCGGUCAAGGAGGUUCUUGCGGCUCCGACGGCCAAGCGGACGCACAAGGGUGAGGAGGAGAUCGAGAGCGAGGCGAAGUUGAUCCUCGAGGCGGAGGAGGCGCAGAAGAACCGCGAAGAGGCGCAGAAGGAGGCGGACCGACACCGGUCCAACUCGGUCGCCGCCGACUCGCCAGGACCGUUCGCCGGUUCUCCCGCCGCCGCCGGCUCGCCCGUCCCUCAGUCUCCCGGCAACCGCGACUCACCUUCCUUCUUCUCGACUGCAACGCCGCGCCACCGCUCGUCACUCGUCCCGGGCGAUGCGUCCACCUUCGAGAAACAAGGCUCGCCCGCCCUUCCUGCCGGCUCUCCCAAGCUGGAUGAGAUAGAGAACGACAUGUCGCCUCCGCCGGCUCCAAACAAGCCGCGCGGGAGCACGUCGAGCUUCGACAUGUCGUCGAUCUGGGGAAAGGUCAAGGCUGCCUCGCCGACGCCAACGGAGGAGCCGAAGGACGGAGACGCCGCUGGUCAGGAGGACAAGGGCGAGGGUGAGGCCAAAGAGGAGAAGGAUGAAGACGACGAGGCGGGAGCGCCUAUCGACGAGGACUUUGAGGACGACCUGUUCCGCGAUCCAGACGCUUCGCCGAAGAAGCGCGCUCCUGCACCUCCGCCUGCGCCCGCAUUCGCCGACUUGCCGCCCGUCUGGGCUGGCGACCUCAUUGUGCCCGAAGAAGGUGGUGUCCCAGCGUUCGCGAUUCAGGUCGGCGGUCGUCCAAUCGGCUCGUCGCUCGAAACCUGGACGAAGCUCCUUCCUCGCGGAUUGACGACUGCCGGUCGCCUCCCUACCGCCAAGGCGACCAAGUACCUCAUCGAGUGCGCGCUGGCGCCGACGCGCGAGCUCAUUAUUGCCGCGCUCAUGCCCGACACGACCGGUCCUUCCGCCGCCUUCCCUCACAAGCCGACCAAGGACUCUUGUCUCGCCAAGCAUCAGCACAUCGUCGACACGUACCUCAAGCGCGACCGGGUCGGCGUCGUUCAGCCGCCGAAGGAGCUGUCGAAGCUUGUCAAGGACAUUUACAUCGUCCCGCUGCGGCGAGACGCGUCGGUGCCGGAGUACGUCGAGCUCGUCGAUGAGCACUGCCUGCCCGAGAAGCGCAAGCGCAGCGAGGACCUCAUCCUCGCCGUCCUCGUCGUGCAAAAGGGUGCCUUGCCAACUGUCAAGCCGCAGCCGACUGCCGUCUCAGCGCCUCCUCCGCCAGUCGUCUCGGCACCGCCAGCAGCAUCUCCUCUUCCACCUCCCGCCGCACCAUUCGGUGGUUCGCCUGUCCCGCCGCACGGUGUCCACGGCUUCUCCCCUCCUCCGCCCGGCUUCAGCCCGCCUUACCAAACUCAGCCUUACCAGUCUCCGCCACCUCCGCCCGCUGCGCCCGCCGACGCAGGCUUCGACCCAGCCGUCAUGCAGUCUCUCCUCUCGCAGGUCGACCCGAACACAAUCAACAACUUGCUUGCGAACCCUUCUCUCCUCAACAACCUUCCCGGUUUCGGCGGUUCUUCGGCCACUCAACAGCCGCCGCCUCCGCCGAUGCAUCAGGGCUACGCACCGCCGCCGCCAGCGAUGCACGGAUACGCUCCGCCGCCGCCUACGGGCUACGGCUACCCUCCUCCUCCUCCAUCUGGACCAGCAGGCCGCGGAGGACCUCCCGUCCACCCUUCGCGGCUCGCCAUGAUGGGAAACGCGCCGCCUCCGGACGCGCAGUACGGGCAGCAGCACGGAGGAGCGUCGCCAGGAGGAUUCGCGCCGCCUGGAGCGCCGAGGGAUCAGGGUUGGGGCGCACGACGCGGCGGCGGAGGCGGCUACGGGUAUUGA